AUGGCUUCCGGAAAAUUAAAACAAGAAUAUAAUAACAGUGAUAAGGAGAACUAUGAUAAUGUUGAUAAUGAUAAUGAUAAACCCAAAAAUACUAUAUUGGAGGAAUAUUGUGAUUCGAGUACAAUACAUGGUGUUCGAUAUUUUGGUGAAACAUAUAGACCAAAAAUGGAAAGAAUUUUUUGGUUUAUUAUAUUUAUGGUAUCGGUUAUAUGGUGUGCAAAAUUAACGUGGCAAGUUGUUGAAAAAUGGUAUAAUCAUCCAGUCAUAAUAUCAUUUGAAGAGAAAUCAACAUCAAUUAGUGCAAUACCAUUUCCAGCUGUUACAAUAUGCCCAAAUAAUCAACAUAGAAAAGAAAUUGGUAAUUUUUCAUUUAUGGCACUUAUCGAUGAAUUAUUCGAUCAAGAAGAAAUAUCGAAUCAAACAUUAGAAGAUCUUGAAUAUAAAGGCUAUGGUGAACUAUUAAAUACAUUUUGGACAUUUUGUUCAGAAUCACUUUAUGACAGUUUAAAAUAUAAAUUACCAAAUAUAACAAUGAUACAUACACCAAUUGAAAAUAUUUUAAGUUUAUAUCCAAAAUUUGACGAAAUAUUUGAAGCAUGUUAUUGGAAAGAGAAUCCAUUAAAAUGUAUAGAUAUUUGGAGAAAAAGUAUAACUGGUAAAGGAAUUUGUUAUACAUUCAAUCAUCUUAGUUAUGAAAAUACUUUAAGAAAAGAAACACUUCAUGAUGAUUUCUUAUUGGAUAGUGCAGAAUCAAUAAAUAUAACAUGGAAUCCAGAAGAUGGUUACUUAUCAAUUGAUUCGAAUGCAACAAAAUAUCCCAGAAAUGUUUUAUCAGCAGGUUUUGAAGUUGGUUUAACAAUUGAUUUAGUUGGUUUAAAAAAAGAUUUAGAUAGUUAUUGCGGUGGUGUUAUACCAGGAUUUACGAUGAUGUUAAGUUCACCUGAUGAAUUACCAAAUUCACAAGGAAAUUUUGUUAGAAUACCAUUUAAUCAAAAUACAUUGGUAGCAAUUAAACCAAAUAUGAAAUCAGCUACAUCAAGUUUAAGAAAUUAUUCACCACAUAAGCGACAAUGCUAUUAUAGUGAUGAAAGAAAUUUAAGAUUUUUUAAAGUUUAUACACAAAAAAAUUGUGAAUUAGAGUGUAUUGCAAAUUAUACAUUGAAUAUGUGUAAUUGUGUCAGUUUUUAUUUACCACGUACUAAAAAUACGCCCGUUUGUAAUGUUGAACAAAAAAAUUGCUUAAGGGAAGCUAUGAAAGAAAUGGCAAUUAAAGAAAGUUUCGAUAUAAACAAUCAAUGUGAUUGUCUUGCCGCCUGUAAUACAAUUUAUUAUGAAAUGGAAGUUUCACAAUCAGAAUUAGUUGACGAACGAAAUUCGACAAAAACGGAUUUAUUUGCAAGUGUUACACUAUUCUUUAAAGAAGAUCAAUUUUGGACAUCAAAACGUUCUGAAUUAUAUUCGAUGACAGAAGUUGUUGCUAAUAUUGGUGGUGUACUCGGUUUAUUUAUGGGUAUAUCAGUUUUAAGUGUUUUUGAAUUGAUUUAUUUUAUAAUGUUACAUUUUUGCCGAAAAUUUAAAUCAAAGAAAACUUAAUAAAAAAAUUAUAAAAUU